UCCAAACAUGCCUUGGAAACCGGGUCUUUGAAAUCUUUCGGGUUGACGGCACGUAGCUAGUCUGGAAAAUAGUGAAUGUUAUUCUUCCUUGUUCAUUGAUCGAUUGUUAUUUCCUAUUCCGGUUUUAUCCAGUGCAUUUCUUUCUCCAAAUGUCUGUGAAUUUGGGAUUGACGCGCUUCUACUGACGGAUAUUACAUACUUUUGGUAGGCUAGAUAGCGAGCAAGCCUGCUGUGUCGCUUCAGUUUACUGUCAUUGUAUAGGAUGUUAAAGAAUGGCUAGUGUUACUCAGGCGCGCCUAGAGAAACGCAAGUGGCUCGUUGAAUUGCGAACGUCGCUUAGUUUCCAUGGUGGAAACUCAAAACACUCGACUAGAUAUGAAACAAUAGGCUCAACUAUUACAGGUAUACAGUAGCGCGCGCUCUCUCUCUCUCCCUCUCUCUAUCAAAAAAGUAUCUCUCUCUCAAGCCUAGGGGUGGCAUCCUAUCUCUUACCGCAAUGUCGCCUCGGUAAAGACUCUUUUUUAUAUUUGCAUUCCCUUCUGAAAGCGGAAAGCAGGACCAUCUGUCGCUUACAAUGCCGACAGCAGACUAUCAGAAUCAAAGAUUCUUUGCGGGAGUCGGCGGAACUGGGCAGCAGAGUACUGAAGCGCUGGGAGGCUACACCAGAGUCACGGAGGGACGUGGACAGAAACUCGGGGUAGGGGUUCAAGAGUGGCCCGAUGGCUCCAGAUACGAAGGGGAAAUCGUCAGUGGUCUGAAGCAGGGCGAGGGGGUGUUCACCUGGGCAAACGGCGAGCUGUAUGAAGGCUCGUUCUAUAAGGAUUACCGGCAUGGCAUUGGGACAUACACUUGGCCAGAAGGCUCCAGGUUCCAGGGGAAGUUUUACCGGAAUCGCAAAGAGGGCUACGGAAUUCAGCACUUCCCCGACGGCACCACUUUUCAGGGGCUGUACCACGCGGACGAGCGGUUUGGGCCGGGCGUGGCGACAUACCCGGACGGGCGGCAGGACGUGGGGCUCUGGCACAGGGACCGGCUGCUGAGGCUGUGCACCAGGGGCCCCGGGGCCUUCACGCUGAGGGCCCUCCCUGCGUACUCGGCCUGGGCCCCUGCCAGGACCACCAGCCCCCAGCCCAGCAGCCGGCCUUCCUCAUGGGCGACCGUCGAACCCUCGCUCUCCCCCAGCCCCCUGCUCUUCACCCCGUCCCGCCAGAUAGAGACCUACUCCACGGACUCUGACCACCUGCCCCUCCCUCAGGGCCUCCGCAGGAAGCUGGACCGCCUCUUCUUCAGGCAGGACGGAGACCCUGACAUGGACCCGGCUGUGUUUGAGUCCCUGCCUCUUCAGCUGAGGAUGCAGGCUCAUAUCCACAGACACAGGUUCGAGGCGGAGGCACAGGCCUGGGACGUGGCAGCGGUCGCCUCAGGCAGCCGUGAGCAGUUUGGCCCCCGGGGGCCCCUGGAGCGGGUCUCGGAGAGGCUGAUCCAGGCGGCGUCUCUGGGAGACUCACAGAGCGUCCACAGGAUCCUGAGGGAGGGGGCAGUGCAUCCUGACGUGGGCGACGCCACAGAGCACACUGCGCUCAUCGCCGCGACCGUGAAUUGUCACAUGGAUGUGAUGCACCUGCUGUUGGACAGUGGCUGUGAUGUGAAUAAGCUGAAUGUGGAGGGCAUGUCGGCGCUGGCCGUGUGCAGUGUGCUGUACUACCCCUACGACUCGCUCCAGGACACCGCGGCUGAGACACGCCCGCACAGAGACCGCCCACAUUUGCAGGAGUGUAAUAUGCAGUCUCCCACUGGAGAUGGUCCUCAGAAGAGCAGAGUAGAGGGUGGGGGCAUUGAACAAAAUGGCCACCCUGAAGAACCCAACCCACUCAACCAAUCAGGUGAAAUCAGCCAGAGUGACCACACUGAGUGCUCCGACCCCAGCCCCGAAACCCCACCGCCCCUAACGCGGUCCAUCCCGGUGUUGGACGGGGACGUCCUGCUGGGCUCGGUCUCCUGGCCCGAGAACAGGGCCGUGGAGGUGAACCCGGAGGACCAGGAGGAGGAGGAGGAGCUCAGCGACAGCGCCUUCGACUCGGCCUGCUCUCAGAACAGUUUCCCCAUCCGCGUGAGCGAUGAGGUCAUCCAGCAGACCGCGGAGACACUGAGCCGCUCCGGCCUAUCACAGCCGGCCGACACCCAGGAGACCGUCUGGAGGAUGGCCCACAUGAAGACCGCGCGCAGGGCACGCUGGAGCACCAUGGCCCUGCUCCUCUCCCGGGGGGCCGACCCCAACUCCUCCAGCGUCCCCAUGCCCGUCCUGUUCCUCGCCAUCAAGGCCCGGCACGUCCCGGCGGUCCGCCGCCUGCUGGAGUGUGGAGCUCGGACCGACGUACCCCUGCCCCCCGAGAAGAAGGGCCUGUAUCCACUGCACAUUUCAGUGGGUCUGCCAGGCCCCGAGGCACCCAGGAUUACAGAACUGCUCCUGCACGCCCUGGCUGACCCUAACGUACGGGCGCUGGACGCCAACGAGGUCUUUCACCUGGACAAGAACUCUCCGGAAGCCCCGUCGGGCCGCGGCAGUAAGGCCGCGGGCCCGUCCAGCUGCCCCUUCAGCGAGCCUGAUGAGGGGGGGAGGACGCCCCUGCACGUGGCCUGCCACAGGGACGGCGAAUACUCGAUGGCCAGAGAUGUGGUGUCUCUCCUGCUGUCCCACAAUGCCAACACUAACCUUCUGUGGAGCGGCCAUUCCCCUCUCUCUCUGGCCAUCGCCAGCGGCAACAACCUGGCUGUGGAUGAGCUCCUGGCCUGGGGGGCGGAUCCCAACCUCCCUCUGACCCGGCGGGUGGGCAGUGCCCUGUGUGCCGUGGUCAACAUCAGCUACGACCGCGGACAACAUCCACGCGACAGAGUCAAACUGCUGGAAAAACUGGUCAGAGCUGGUGCCAACAUCCUGAUGCCAGUCUCGUACGGAGAAGGGCGCAAGAGUGCAGUGGGCACUGCCGUGGAUUAUGCCCACUAUGUCUUCCAGCAGGACGGGCGUAUCGCCCACACCCCGUACCACGCGCUGAGCCCGGCCGAGCGGGACGUGUACAACGCACGGCGCCACCUGCUGGGCGUGAUGGGGGACGUGCUGCGGCAGGCGGCGGUGCAGGCCGAGCACCAGCGUGCGGAGGAGGAGCUGAGGCAGGGCGUGCGCAGCGUCUCUCCCAGUGAGAAGUUCCUGUACGUGGGGGCAGGUGCGUCUCCUCCUCAGGCCAAAGCUUCAGUAGCGAUCAGCCCAGAGCGCAGAGGAGCCGCUCCUCCACUCGAACCCAGGAAGCCCCUGUUUAAGUACUGCUACCAGUGCGGGCGUUCUGCGGGCGUGGCUCUCGCUGCCUGUACGCGCUGUCGCGAGGUCUUCUACUGCAGCAAGGCCUGCAAGAUGGCCGCCUGGGGCGACCGGCACAAAGACGAGUGCGUGCGCGUCCGAGGCAAGGCCAAGGACAGGAAGUAUUUGCCCAAGAAAGCCGGGCUCCCCCAGCCUGAGGCCCCCCGGCAGGGGUCCGCGAAAACCCCCGGCAGGCUGCAGACCACCCCGCAGAGCCCCGGCAUGGACCCAAAGGGCAGCUGGGACCUGGAGGAGAACUACAGCUUCAACUGA